AUUAGUUGUUGUUCGUGAUUCGAGCAGCGCGGUCGCGUUUUUUGUUUCCUCAAACGCAAUAAAUCACUAAGAAAAAAACCCAAUAGUGUAAUCGAAGAAAAAUUUAAUUUAUUUUAAUAAAACAACAAGCAAAUCCAUAAAUUCAAGCUUCCAAUUAAAGUUAAAACAACAUAUUAAUGAUAUUUAAUAAAAAAAUACAACAAAAAGUUAUAUAAUUAUGAAAUAAAAUCAUUUGUAAGAAAUUUUUGCAAAAAAAUAAACCACAGUGUAAUAAAUGGAAAAAAAUUAUAACAACGAAAUAAGCAGAAAAAAGGCAAAUAAAUGUCAUAAUCAAACAAAUAAUCUAAUUUUUUAGUGAAAAAUUUGUUUAAAUAUCAAAUAGUGCAAAAAAAUCCAAAUAAAUGAUAAAAUAAAUUUGCUGUGUAGUGUGUAAAAAUUCAGUGUGUGUGUGUGUUUGUUUUUGUUUAAAAUUUUCCCGUCUCAAUGAAUGGACGCCAUUACCCCCCCACUCCACUUAGGCAGUGAUUGUAAAAAUAACAAAACAAAAUAGCGCAUAUAUAUCUAACGGGCUGAAGCUCUUCUUUAAAUAUAAAAAUAUUAAGUACCAAGCUGCGACAGCACCAACAACCAUUGUAUGAUUUACAAUUGUAUUUUUAAGGGGGAAAAGUUUUUACAGCUGCCGUUUAGUGUUUGUUGUUUAUAUUAUUGGCUCUGUUUUGGUUAAUUUGGAAAGUCUGCAAUUAAAAAUUAUUUGCCAAAAUGUCGGCUGAAGAUAGCGAGCUGGACCCGCGUAUUAAGAUUGAAUUGGAAAAUCUGAAUACAGCCACCGAUGAGAUUAAUAAAUUGGAAAUUGAAUUAGAGGAAGCUAACUCCACCUUUCGCAUUUUGAUGAAUGAAUCAACUAGACGCUUAAAAUUAUCUUCAAAAAAACUUGGCAGCUGUAUAGAUAAGGCUAGACCCUAUUAUGAGGCUUUAGAAAAGGCUAGAGAAGCACAAAUUGAGUGCCAAAAAGCAGCUGUUAAAUUUCAAAGAGCUAAUGAAAUUCAUGCCGCCGCCAAAGAAACAGUUGCCCUAGCCGAGCAACGUUUUAUGUCGAAUUCCCACGAAUGGCAAUUUGAUAAUGCCUGGCAGGAAAUGCUUAAUCAUGCUACACAAAAAGUAAUGGAUGCUGAAAAACAAAAAGCCGACUGUCAUGCGGAGCAUCAACGUCGCACGCGUAUUUUUCAUGCAGCCGAACAAAAAGUUCAACAAUUAGAGGAACGUUUUCGUCGCAGUAUUACCAAAUCAAGGCCCUAUUUUGAAGAGAAGCAAAUAUGCCAAGAUCAAUUACAAACCCAAAAGAAUCGCAUCGAAGAGCUACAACUACAAGUGCAAACGGCCAAGAAUACCUAUGCCACAGCUUUACGUAAUCUAGAGCGUAUAAGUGAUGACAUACAUAGGCAAAGAGGAGAUUAUCCUCAGCUUUUAAACACACCACCGCCAGGACCCCGCGAGCCGGGUGUAGGAGCUGAGCUUAAUUCACCCACUAGCACCACCAUGCCAUCUUUGCCCGAUUACCAUAUGGAAUUGGAUAAAUGUGAUUAUCCCUCCAUAGCUGGCAGUCAAAUGUCUUUGAGUGGUCAAUCGGAAAAAUCCUCUGAGACUGCUUGCAGUACCAGCAACAACCUUAAUAAGAAUGCUGCCGCUCCCCUAGCCAUAUUGGCCUUAAAGGCAGAUUCUGAAAUUGAUGAAGAGGAUGAUGUGGUUAUCAAGCAGCAUCGUACAGAAGAUUAUCCCGAUGAACAGAUAGAAGACUAUAAUGAUAGUCAUGAGCUUAAUUCUGGCAUAGUGGAUGAACAAGAUCUCGAAGCUUUAAGGCAACAAGUUAAAUUUUUAGCCGUAAGACCCAUAGAGGGAGGUGAUGGUCAACAAGAACAAAAUGAUGUUUGGGAGCAUGAAUUGAAUGCCACAGUAGAUAAAUUGGAUCAUUUAAUGCUUUUGAAAGAAUGUGCUAAACAGCAGCAACAACAACAGCAGCCACAACUUACCACCUAUACGGCUAAAAAUAAAAAUAUUGCAGUAAGACCCGACUCUUUGGGUGCCGAGGCUUGUCCUGCUCCUAAAAAUCCUCUUAUAAAGGUAACACAAGCUAACGAGGUUGUUAAUAGUCUACCCAGUACCCCCGAACAUGUGGUGAAACCCUUGAAAAAACUACAAAAGCUAGAACCCUUGCCCCUGGUUAAUGUUUCAAUGAGAGAACUACCCCUACUCGCACGUCUUUCAAAUGAAAUACUAGAUACUAGCAGUGGUUAUAAUAAGCAACGUAGACGUUCGCUGGAUUAAGUUUAAGAAGAAAAUCUUUGUAAAUUCACAAAUUUAAUAUAGUGCAUAGCUAAUAAGUAAUAACAAAUAAAAAAUUGCUAUUUAUGGCAAACUUUACUUGAUCUGCUAAAUAAUUGAAAAUUUUGAAAAAUUUAAAAUAUAGUUAAUAGAAAAUUUUAGAAUUUUAACACUAACAGCAUUAACGAUCAAUUUAAUUACUAUUAAAAUAAAAUACAAGUAUUUUUAUAAUUUCUUAUGCAAAACUUUCAAACAAAACAAUUAUAUUUAUAAAUUAAAAUAAUGUUAAUGUGAUAAUUUAUUAAAAAUUCUAA